UCCUUACGUCAGUUGCUUCUGGUGGUACGUGAUCGUCCGGUGGACGCUGCAGUCGGCAACCUGCACCCAUAUUAACUUAUAUCAUAAGCCUGAUUUCCAUCGCUCCUGUGUUAGAAUUCAUGUGCUUCCUCCGUCCUCUACAAACGUUUUCUUCGUAGUUUCUUCUUCCAGGUGGGGGUUUCAUCAUCAGUUAACGCAAGCUACGAUUUACAUAUUUUUCCACAACGUAUAAAAGAUUUACUUUUACACACUUCUAUUUAGGGGCCAAAUAUUAUUUCCAAGUCAUUAUGCUGUAAUGAAAUUAGUUCUUUAUCGAUUGUAAUAUUCAACGAAGUGUUAACCCAUCACUGCAGUACAAUGUGGAAUAAAGUUCAAUAAUUAGGUGGAUUUUCUUCGUUAGUUUCCAAGCGUCUUGUCGUCAGAAACAGAAAAAAGGCGUGAGCAACUGACCAUGGCCAGCGUCAGCAGACCGCGCCUCAGGACGACGCUGGUGCCCCUACUCGUGGUCUCCACCAUCACGUCGCUGGUGCAGAACAUCGCUGCUCUUGAAGCGGUCGGAGAUGUGACGCUGUCCCCCAGCAUCCGCAGUUUAGUGAACGCCCCAACUGAGGUGGUGGAGGGCGGCGACGCGUUGCUGACGUGCAUCGUGCGCAACAUCGGCGGUCACACCGUCUACUGGAGCAAGCUGCUCGAUGGCAAGCGUACCAUCCUCACUGUGGACAAAGUCCUUCUCUCCAGGGACAGCAGGCUUUCUGUCCUCCAUGAUGGUCCAGCCGUCGACUCUCCUAUUAUACGCGCCGGAGGAGACGUGUGGGUGUUGGCCAUCAAAGGCGUCACCACGAGUGAUUCAGGCGCCUACGUCUGUCAGGUCAACUCCAGCCCGCCUGUGCAAACUCUCUUCAGGCUCAAGGUGAUCACGAACAGCACCCUGUGGUCACGAACACAGCUGCGGUCAAACCACAACUACACGCGCUGCUGCCAAGACGCGGGCGUGUCUGACAAGUGCCUGGGCUACUGCAGCAUCCACACGCUGCUCGAGGGCGCCGUGGCUGCCAAGGAAGAGGAGUGUGAGCCACACCUCGCUGACGUCGUGCGAUGCAUGGCCGAUGAGCGUAACCACGUGCCCUGCUGCCAGCGUGAGAACGUUCCUGACAUUUGCCAGGAACUCUGCCGCGGCGAGUACACGGUGCAGGAUGACUUCGUGAAGUCGCACUUCUCCUGCUCGGAUUUCUUGCAGCCAACGCUCAUGUGCGUCUCUGAGGGCAUCGAACUCUUGCCACGUCCCCCGGUGGGCGCUGUGGUGCAGGUAAUGGGUCCUCGCAGCCUCAACAUCAGCUGGUCGCAUCCCCGCCUCGCGCCCUCUGCACCAGAAACCUACGUCAUCACCAUCACCCCCAUACGCAAGUUCGACCCUCCUGAAGACUUUACCGCUGCUAGGUCAAACAUGAACUCCUCCGCCAGCAACUUGGACCACAUCACCAUCAAGCGAUACGUCACUAGGGUGCCGGUGAACAUUACACACUUCGUGCAAAAGAUGCUGACACCGCUGACGUGGUACGAAAUCGAAGUGACGUCGGAGAACCGACACGGAGCAUCUCUACCGCCCUACACUCUACGCGCUCUCACGCGACCUGAGUUCGAACCUCCAAGGCGGCCUGUCGCUAACAUCAAAUUGCCCGACGUCAUGUCCUGCUGUGCCAGUAAAGGCAUCACACACGAGAGGUGCCUCACAAAUUUAUGCAACCCGCACAACGAUCGCAUCGCCGAACCUGACAUGAUCGUGUGCGCGCCGUGGGCUCAGGAAGCGUUCUCGUGUCUGGCGGGUGACUACGACCACAGCGACUGCUGCCGGCAGCGCGGCCUGCCAGACGUGUGUGUCGAGCUAUGUACCGGCAACGUCCAGAAAAUCGACUACAAGUAUUUCAGAUGUGUGGACUAUUUCUCCGACUACCGCGGUUGCCUGCUGAAGGGGUACGGAGUUCUGCCGUCUUCUCCGCGCAAUGUUCGUGUGAGCAACAUUUACACCACCAGCGCCCUCCUGUCCUGGUCUGCUCCUGUUAACAACAGCGACAGUGUCACGUCCUUCCACUCCUACUACAGACCCAUUGACCCUGACAGAUCCUGCCGAGGCGUUUGGAAUGAUGACAUCGGGGACACAACUUACAAAGGCGUGCUUUCCCCGCAUUCACCCUUCGUGCUGCAGAACUUGUGCCCGGACACCGAGUAUGAGAUCUACAUUCAGGCGUUCAACAGCCACGGUGCCAGCGAUCCCUCCAGCCGUAUAUUGUUCAAGACUCUUUCAGAGUCUGCCCUUGAAGACAGGAAGGCAGAGUACACCUAUGACUUGACAGGCUGCUGCCACAACGUCUUAGUCAGCCCUGGCUGCAUGCCAUUGUGUGACUACAACGCACGCAUGAGCCACGUACGCGCGCUAACGACAACGUGCGUGGCUGAGCUCAGCCGCGUGCUCAGAUGUCAGGUCGGUGGCCGCAACCACGGGCCGUGCUGCCAGAGACGAGGUGUGCCUGAGUCCUGCCAGAGCCUGUGUACCGGAACCUUCAUCCCUGACGAGGUUGUCCUCAGCAAAUGCAAUGCCUACAUCGGCAACAUCGUCAUGUGUCUCGAAGACGGCGUUGGCCUCAUCCCGGGCCCCGUAUCCUCGCUGCACAUCACGGCGGUGAAGGCAGAAGGCGUCACGUUUGUAUGGGAGCCGCCGUCGGAGGGCGCUAACGUCACCCACUACCAGGUCCACUACGAGAGCGUCGACCGAAAUUCUGGCUCUGUUGGACAGUUCGCAUUGAAUAAGACGGUGAACACGUCUGACACGGUUGCAGCCAUCAAAGAUUUGGACCCUAAACUCUUGUACAAGUUUUUCGUGGUGGCAUCUAACGAGAACGGCGUGUCGCUGCCAUCCUCAGUCCUGCACCUGAACGUCAGCAACUACCUGGAGCAGGUGGCCAAAGGGGAGCAGGAUCCCGGUAAUCCGGUGGCUGGAGUGCCUUCCGCACCUCACAGUCUGCGGAUGGAAAGCAAAACUGCCACGUCACUCACCAUCUUGUGGGAACCGCCUGAGCUUGCUCUGCCCAUUGAUAGGUUCCAAUACGUCGUUCACCACUCGAUGGUGAAGACUCCUAACGUCUCCGGCAGCGGUAACGACAAUGACGUCACAUCUCUCACAGAAGGUUUUUCAUACAACAUCACACGCACGAGCUCCACGGCCAUCAAGCUGGAAGACCUGAAGCCCAACACGCAAUACGUGAUUUACGUGACCGCCAUCAACGACAUGGGGGAAAGUCGGCCGUCAGAAACGCUGCUCGCUUGGACGGACCCUGCAUACCCUGCUUUUGUCGAGACACCCACGGUGCACCCAACCAGCCUGGUGGUUGAGGGGAGCAGCGUGACCGUCUUGUGCAUCGCCAUGGGGUCUCCUCCCCCUACUGUCUCCCUCUACAUCGCAGGCAUCCUACUGCACCAAGAUGUUACACGCCACAUGGUGACGGUUGUACACAACAUAACACGCAACAUGACCGACAUAUCCUGCUAUGCGGACAACGGCUACGGCACUCCCAUGCAGAGCUCCGUUACUAUCACCAUAUCACGGGCGCCCGAGGUGCUUACAUUACCCCAUGUCCCCAGGGGCGCCCGAGGUGCUCACAUUACCCCAUGUCCCCAGGGGCGCCCGAGGUGCUCACAUUACCCCAUGUCCCCAGGAGGUGAGGGAUGUGUCGUGGUAUGGGACCAUAACUACUGUGUUAACCUCAUCAAUGAUGAGAACAUGGCCAAGGGCCUCUUCACGAUGGAGGUGUUGAUCAAGAGCGUCAAUGAGAGCGACGCUGGGGACUUCUACUGCUUCGCUCGUAAUGCAUUCGGAACAGCACUACACACGAUCAAGGUGGUUAUAUCGCCGCCUCUGAACCUGCCCCCGGAAAUAUCUGAGUGUUGUCGGGCCAGCAACAUGAGCGACGCGUGUCUCGACGCCUGCGAUUUCGACGAGAUCAGCUUCGACAAAGUCCUUAACCGCGAUCAGUGCAUCCCUGAGUUCGACAAGCUCAUCCGCUGCGCUGCUGAUGGAUCGGACCACAGGUCGUGCUGCAGCCAGCGCGGUGUGCCGGAGACCUGCCUGGACUGGUGCAGACAAGAGCCUGUGCGCGACAACAGAGCUUGUCUGCUGCAGUGGGCACCCGCCAUCUUUACCUGUUUCGAUGAGGGCAAAGACAUGUUGCCGGGACCGCCCUUGAAUGUGCGCAUUUCAAGCGUUUCUGACCUGAGCGCAUUCGUAGAGUGGGACGUGCCUGAGAAGAACCCUGACAGAGUUGAGCUCUACAGGGUGUUUUGGCGGGUGCUAGGCCAGCGUGUGGCCCAGAAACAGGACACAUCAGGCACGGGGCUCGAGGUGACAGGGAUGAGGCCAGGCCUCACUUACGAACUGGCGGUGAAGGCAGGCAACCACAAGGGCACCAGUGUCCUCACCCCCACCAUCGUAUACAGGCACGGCGCCUCCUACGUGUCCUCGGCCAGCACCCAUGACGCUACAGGCGUUGGUGUGGCGUUAGGCAUCGCGGUGGCGGUGUUGACGCUGCUGCUGGUGGUGGUGGGGGCGGUGUGGUGGAUGUGGCGUAGGAGGAACCUCCUCAGGGGCAAGAUCACCAGCUCCGCGUCCCAGAUGGGCAUCGCCUUCGAGAACCCGUCCUACAUCAAGGAACAGAACGGCGACACUGUGCAGAUUGCGGAGACGCCAAACGGAAGUCUGAACGGAACCAUUGCGUCUGAACUAAACCGUAGCAGCAACGGCAGCAGCAAUCACGCCCCAGUUAACGGGACCAGCACGAUUGGUCUUAACGGUGGCAUCACCUCUGGUGGGGGUGUGUGGAGCACCCAUCAAGAGCCUGCUGUUAAUCCUAACACGCCAGGCUUCGAAGAAGAUCUCAAAAACAACAGAAAAUACUCUAGAUUUAACAGCUAGUAGAUCGCCAAUUAAUCAUGAGGUGAAAAGUUGAAGCAUAGAAGAUGACGUUCUAAUAAUGCAUUGUAUAUUAAUUAUAUACGAAUGUGAUUUUUAAAAUAAUUCAUUAUUCGUACUAAAAGAAUUGUUAAAGGUAAUGAAAAAUAGUUAGUGACUAAACGUGUUUCUUUCGACGUUGGUCCCUAAUACCGAAUACACUUGUAAUAAAUAAACUAAUAACUUAAGUGAUAAACUGUGCUAGCGUCAACGUGAACUACGAGUCUUGGUGUUCUACAAAAGCGAUACGCAGCUAUUUUGCAGUGAGUGUAAUACAAUACAGUGCCCGUAUGGACGCCCAGAUUGAAACGCUCGCCACUGUGCAAGGAGCACCAAAAGGGAGAUAAAAAACUCUUUUGGCCAUAAAUUUCGCUCUCCAACUAACCCUGGAGCCAACUAACCCUGGGUUUGCCAAUCCAUGUAAACUAUAUACUGACUUCAGCAGUGGCUGCGUACUUGCCGCGAGCUAUGGGUUUAAACCCCUGACUUAAGGCUACUACACCCCGGUGCAUGCAUACGCAUGGGAUGGAACCAAAAAGUGAUGGUGGUAUUAGGCUAUGCUGGCCAGUAACACGCAUCACGAAUAAAACGAGCAGCAUAAAUGCCUUUACCGAUUAUAAAAUGAUACCUUACACAAUAAGGGUAACGGAAAUUAUGCUCAUGAAAAAAACAGUAAAUAAACCACAACAAGACGUUUCCUUAAAAAAACAUGCCUCGGUGCUCCAUUAGUGAUGUAUUUUGCAUUAGAGCACUUUCGUUCAUCAUCAAACUUCUACGGUCUUCACAUGCGAAGAAAGCGGAUACUAAGUAACGGGUAGCUUCCAUCCCUUCUUCGUUGGUAGAGAAAAUUAUAUAAUUAAAUAGCAUUUCACUGCAUUGAAGAAAGACGUUUUCCUAUCGACCUUUCAAGAUGAUAAAAAACUAUCAUAAGGUGAAGAAUAACACAUGAACUAUAUAAAAAUGGAAGCAAAUUCUAGGCGUAUAUAAUGGCUAGGUGUAGCUCUGUUAAAUGUGAUAUUUUUAUAGAACUCGUCUGGUAAAUAUGUGUAGUCGUUGUAAUUCCAUUAAAGUGAGAGAUGAAAUUGACAGGACAUCGGAAUAAUUCCUGGCAGCACUUAAUUUUAAGAACAUCUUUCUUUAUAUGCCUGGGCAUAUAUAUCCUGCUGAGGCUACCGUUCAUAUUAACGAUAUUUAUAAUUACAUUCAUAUUACCGUCUUGUUAAUCAUUUGGUUGUCGUUCAAACUGUUAUUUACUUAGUCUCAACUUUAUUUAGGAACGCAUAUAAACAGGUCAGCGUAUACUUUAAAAAAAUUUACUUUCCCCGUUAUUGCUGUGGAAUACUGUCGCCCAUACCGAAAUAGCUAGGCCUUGUGUGAUUUAAUUCAGAGUGAGUGUGCGUUUGCAAGAGCUCUGUUUUUAUUUCAAUAUUAAACCAUAUGUUUUAUUAUUAUCCCGUGCAAUUGAAGCGAAUUGAAACAGUUUCACUGAGGACUUUCAUGCAUUUUUUUCAUACAAUUUAGUGAUGAUGCAUAGAGGGUUAGCCAUUUCUCGGGCACACAUCGGAAUACGAAUGAAUUCAGAAAUGUGAUGCUAGUUCUUAGAGUUUCGCCAUUUCUAAGGUGUGUAUUAGAGUCGCUAAUCGUAAUUGAUAAAUUCAUUAUUAUGAAAAAAAAAUUGGUCUGUAAAAUGGUCAUAAUAUUGGAAAUUCUGUAAAAUUGGUUGUGUAAAUAUACACGGAAGCAAUGUUACUGUUAUAUAAUGUAAUUUUUUAAGUUAAUGGUUUCACCCUAAGGAAUAAUGUUACUUCCAUGUUUGAAAAAAAUGUAUUUUGAAAAGCUUACUAUUUUUGUGUUGGGCGCACUAAAUUUUUAUUAGAGAACUUCUCCCUACUUCCCUACCAAGAGUAGGAAGUAGAGAGACUUUAGGGCUGAGAUUCCAAGCUACUGUAUUUGAUCACCUGCCAUCGGAUGGUUUACGUAUUUAUAAAUUCUAAGAGAAAUCAGUCGAGAAAUAAUGUAAUGAAUGUUUUAUUACCACUUGAAGGGUAUGGUAUGAUGCACAGAAACUCUUCGUCAAUUCUUAUAGAAAAUCGUUCGACGGCUUAACAGAUUAUUAAUUUAAUGCUCAUAUAAACAGUAGUCACAUAAAAUCUUGACAGGAAAAUUUCUUUGGGAAAUCAGCAGUUGCGGCUCAAAAAUGCAAACUUUUACUUAACAAGAUGAAAGUAAUUCAAAUUAAAUAAUGCGUCGUGCAGUAGUAACUCCUUUGAAACGUAGCUCACCGGCUGAUGGGUCAACGGUCUGUUUAAGGUAAUGAAUUUGAACGUAGAUGUUUAUUCUUGAUAAUUAUUUUGCUUGUAUGUCGUGGGGAGAAUUGAAUGCUGCUGAACUGGGGCAUUUGAAUAUAAUGAGGCUGGUACAUUUUGUUAUUCUAAGAUAAUCAAUAUACCGAAGAUGUAAUAUUUUUAAAGGUUUGAAGUCAUCUUAAAAUUCAUCCCACGCAUUCUAAGAGAAAAUCCCCAUAAUCGAAUUUUUUGUACAUAACCACUGAUUAAGAUUGUGUUGUGACUGAAUUACACUUCAAAUUGGGACCUGAAAUGUUGGAGUAAGAAUUAUGCAUUUGUAAGUGAAAAUUGUAUUCGUGUUUUCACUAAAAAUGUUCAUGUGAAGCAAAUCUGCGCACAUAGAAUUUUGGAAAGACUGACAGCUAACUCGAGGUUGUAUGUCGGUAUUACAGUUAGGUCGUUUGUUCGCAGUGAUAUUCAAAUCGAGCAUUGCUUCUUACGCAGCCGAAUUGUUUUAGUUCAAUUUUAUUUGAUAUAAUUUACAUUCCCUUAAUUGUGCUGUUGAUUUGCCUACACAAAUGUCAGACAAUUCCUAGUCUAGCUUUUUCGAGAAAAAUACCAGCAAUUUUAAUGUUCCAGGAGUUCAAUUAAGUUUACUGCGAGCGAGUUCAUAAGAUGCGCGCUGUAUGACUCCUCAAAGCAAGAUUUUUUACCUCAAUUUUUCCGUGUCGUCUAGAGAAACUAAAACCAGGGAUUUCCUUGCAUCCAGUGUUCAGAAAAAUUAAUGUAACAAAUUGUCCAAAAGUGACAUUUUCUACAUUAACACUGAUACAUCCUUCUGCUGGGCAAAACUGAGUCUGGAUGGUCCAAACCAGGGCAAGAAGCGCAUCGCUAUGUGGAUAAAGCCUCUCAAUUUAUCUGAGUGAGAGCUCGAGUUUACAUUUCAUUUAUCGCGCUGAUUUUACUACCGCAGUGAGAGUCGGUGGCUGGAAAUUCUACAAUGCAGCUUUGAACUUUCGGUCUGCACCUCCUGAUCAUUUUGUUUAUCCUCACAACAGCAUUACACUCGUAUGAAAUACAGAGGAACAUUUCG